GCGGCGGAGGCUGCGACCCUCUUCUCUCAGUCUUCCUUCCUACCAUGCCGCUCUACGAGGGCCUGGGGAGCGGCGGAGAGAAGACGGCGGUCGUGAUCGACCUGGGAGAGGCCUUUACCAAGCCUGUCAGAGUUGUUCAGUAUAAUAUCAAUACAGAAGAAUUAUAUUCCUACCUAAAGGAAUUCAUCCACAUACUAUAUUUCAGGCAUCUAUUGGUGAAUCCCAGAGACCGCCGAGUUGUGAUUAUCGAGUCGGUAUUAUGUCCUUCUCACUUCAGAGAGACACUCACUCGUGUUCUUUUCAAAUAUUUUGAGGUUCCAUCUGUCUUGCUUGCUCCAAGUCAUCUGAUGGCUCUUCUGACGCUUGGAAUUAAUUCUGCCAUGGUCCUAGAUUGUGGAUAUAGGGAAAGCCUGGUGUUACCCAUAUCUUUUUUGUCAUCCAGCCAACUUUGGAGUUCUUACUCUACUUUAACUAAAAUAAUUAGAGAGUUGGAAGCUCAACUAUUGGAACAAUGUACUGUUGACACAAGUGCUGUUAAAGAACAGAGCCUUCCCUCAGUGAUGGGUUCAGUUCCAGAAGGUGUCUUAGAGGACAUUAAAGUGCGUACUUGCUUUGUAAGUGAUCUGAAGCGAGGACUAAAAAUCCAAGCAGCAAAAUUUAAUAUUGAUGGGAAUAACGAGCGUCCCUCCCCACCCCCAAAUGUUGACUAUCCAUUAGAUGGAGAGAAGAUUUUACACGUCCUUGGAUCAAUCAGAGAUUCAGUUGUGGAAAUUCUUUUUGAACAAGAUAAUGAAGAGAAAUCAGUUGCUACUUUAAUAUUGGAUUCCCUUAUACAGUGUCCAAUAGACACCAGGAAGCAACUAGCAGAGAAUUUGGUAGUCAUAGGGGGCACUUCUAUGUUGCCAGGAUUUCUCCACAGAUUGCUUGCAGAAAUAAGGUAUUUGGUAGAAAAACCAAAAUAUAAAAAAGCCCUUGGCACUAAGACAUUUCGAAUUCAUACUCCACCUGCAAAAGCUAAUUGUGUGGCCUGGUUGGGAGGGGCUAUUUUUGGAGCAUUACAAGAUAUACUUGGGAGCCGUUCUGUUUCAAAGGAAUAUUAUAAUCAGACGGGCCGUAUACCUGAUUGGUGUUCUCUCAAUAACCCACCUUUGGAAAUGAUGUUUGAUGUUGGGAAAACUCAACCACCUCUGAUGAAGAGAGCGUUUUCCACUGAGAAAUAGAAGUUUGAUUGAAAAAUCAACCUUGCUUCAUAUUACAUAUUUAACCAAUUAUAAGCAAAUUGUACAAAGUAUGUAGGAUGUUUUGUUACAGAGGAGUAUAGUGGAAGUGAAAGCAUUCUGUGUUUACUCUUUGCAUUAAUAUAUAAUUCUUUUGACUUUGUUUCUCUUGUGUACUGGUAACAUGGUAGCUGGUGCUUACUGAAAUCUGUUGUGUUAAUAUCAAUAAAGUAUAGUAAAGCAGUUUGAUUUUG